UCGUAAUAGAGAACUUAAAGAAGCUGAAUACUGGAAUUAAAGAGCUCAUUUAGUACAAUCCAUCAUAGAAGCCUGAUAGCUACUAAUCAUAUAUGUAAUAAUACAAAUGCCGCACCAUCAGUACGUGGAACACAAGUACACUCGCUGGAUAAUGCUUGUGCUGAGGCUACUGUGGUCCCAUGCCUAUCUGUGGGUAAUGCUGCACGCGGCCAACGUUGUUCCCAAGGUCAACGAGCACUUGGAGAGUUCUGGGCUCUGGAGCCAUGACCAUAAGAUUCUGCUGUCAUAUAAGUCACAGAUCGGCUUCAGUCUGCGAGGUGAAAUCUUAUUCCUCUUCAAAUCGACAGGUGUGGCGCUCUUCCUGUACCUUUACUCUCGGUGCAGCUUUUAUGGAUAUUGUGUCACUCGCAAAAUGUGGGACACCUUUCCGUAUCCUCUACUAAUGCUUAUUGUCCCCUACCUGGCGUCAUUCCUCUAUCAGUGGAUCAAAAGUGUGCUGAUUACCUUCUGGACUCUGGCUAUUUUGAUCGGUAUCUGUGAUGGCGACAGUAUGCGGUAUUUGUUUUUGGAAUUUGCCAAAGUUCUGUUCUUCAAAAUCUUGGUGCUGGCCAAUUUCAGCGCCAUCAGUUUACGCACUUGGGCCCUUCUAAAGAUUCUUGAUGAAGAACCCGAACAGGGCAUCGUGAACUUUUCUAAUUUGGGCGAACAUUUGAAUGUAUUCCUGCGCAUUUGACCCCAGAUCUGUUGGGAAUUUAAAUUGUGCACUUCCCCAAUAAAGUUAACUGAGUGGAUCUCAGUUGUGUAUGCGGCGUUUAA